UGACAAAAAGAAGCCAGAUCGACUCGCGGAACAUCUUCAACUUCUCGAUGACAUGGAAGAUUAUCAAAAACCCAAAAUCGACCGGCUUUAUGCUACAGAAUAUCCACAUGUGGAUGGACAAAAUUGCGACGAAUGCGAUUCACACUCGGUAGUUGUCCGCCCAGAGCGCCAAAACCACCGUGCUCUCUAUGUUCACUAUGGAAAUAUUGCGUCAGGGAAUUCUGUACUCAAGGACGCCAUUGUGCGGGAUAUGUUCGCAAGAGACCCAGAGCUGAAUAUCAUGUGCUUUGAAAUGGAGGCUGCAGGUCUCAUGAACAAUGUCCCAUGUCUGGUUGUUCGCGGAAUCUGUGACUAUUGUGACUCCCAUAAGAAUGACGACUGGCACAAAUAUGCUGCACUCGCUGCUGCUGCGUAUGCACGAGAGCUACUCCUGGUCCUGAAGCCGCAACGUGUUGAUGCUUUGCCUCCCUGGACCGAGCGAUUGGUCAGGAGGAUUGUUUUGACGACUGUGAGGAAUUUGGACCAGAAGAAUGAUCUUGGAAAGUUGGAAGGUGUGAUAGAGGCAGCGUUUGAUUCAUUCUCUAACCGAGACGAAGUUCAAUGUCUCCAGGGUACUAGGACUGAGCUUCUCCAGCAGAUAAUGGAAUGGGCUAUGUCACUGUCCCAAAAAGCCAUUUUCUGGUUGAAAGGCAUGGCUGGGACAGGAAAAUCCACCAUAUCGCAGACGGUGGCCAGGUCGCUGAAGGACAGCAACCACCUAGGUGCCAGCUUCUUCUUCAAGAGAAGUGAGGGGGAUCGAGGGAACGCAAAGAAGCUUUUCCCGACACUUAUAAGGCAACUGAUGCUUAGGAUUUUUGAGCUGAGGUCUGGCGUGCGAGAAGCACUCCAUGAUGACCCUGAUAUUGCGAUAAAAUCGCUAAAAGAACAAUUCGAGAAACUACUCCUUCAACCGCUGCUCAAUCUUAACCAACUCGGCCGACAACCUCAAAUUGCUGUGAUAGUGAUCGAUGCUUUAGACGAAUGUGAACAUAAUCAAGAUGUCCGAACCAUAAUUCAAUUGCUACCUCGUCUACAGAAGGCAAAAGCGCUUCGCAUUCGGGUCUUCUUGACUAGUAGGCCUGAACUUCCAAUCAAACUCGGCUUUUCAGAUAUCGUGGAUCAUGAUUAUCGGGAUCUAGCUCUUCAUGAAAUACCUAAGGAAGUGACAGAACACGACAUACGGUUGUUUCUCCACGAUCGAUUUACGAAGAUCCAACACGAUAGGAAUAUUUCUCAAGACUGGCCUGGCGAUAAUGUGGUCCAGAAAAUAGUCAAAAUGUCUGUUCCUUUGUUUAUUUCAGCUGCUACUAUUUGCCGAUAUAUCGAGCGCUCAAAAUUGGAACCCACAACACGUCUGACAGAGCUCCUUAAGGAUUCACGUCGGUAUACAGGGAAAAUGGAUAAUCCAUACCUGCCAAUUCUAAGGCGACUCCUAGACGAUGAAGAGAGUGAUAAGUCAGAGCAGCAGCAGCUCCUAUACCAGUUCCAGAAAAUAGUCGGUGCUAUCAUCCUUCUUGCUGUUCCGCUUUCAACAAACGCGCUGUCGCUAUUUCUUGGAAUAGAAGUAAACCAGAUUAGCAAUCUGUUGGAUUCUUUCCGGUCUGUUCUAAGCGUUCCUAGUGAUCGAGAUCUGCCUGUUCGGAUUCUACAUCUUUCUUUCCGAGAUUUUUUGGUUCAAUCCGAAAGUGAAUUUCUUGUUAACGAGCCAAAUAAGCAUAAGGAAAUUGCUUUGUUGUGUCUCCAAAAAAUGAGAAGCUAUCUGCGGAAAAAUAUCUGCGAUCUAGAAGGCCUUGCAACCCCACCUACCGCCAGAGCUAUAAUACUCAUUUCUAUCUCGUCCUCGGAGGCAGAGUUUGUGUUACUGUUUCUCCAUGAGCAUUUUCUACACUGGGUUGAAGCAAUGAGCCUACUUGGUCUUGUAUCACAAGUGGUAGGGAUGCUGAAUCUUCUCCAGAAGAUUGAACUAGUAUGUCCCACUGGAAGUCAUAUAAAAUCUACACUACUAGAACAAGGGCGAUCACCAUGCCGACUUGUCUUUACACCUAAAGAAGCGAUAGUCUGUAGGAAAUUUGAAGAAGAAAUUCCGGAUUGGAUAUAUCCAUUGCCACGGGUUCAGGAAAACUGGAGUUCCGAAUUGCAGACCCUCAAGGGCCAUUCAGACUGGGUCAGGUCGGUCGCCUUCUUACCCGACAGCGCGCUGCUGGCAUCUGGCUCCGCUGACAAAACUGUGCGCCUCUGGGACACAGCGACAGGAGUGCUACAGCAGACCCUCGAGGGCCAUUCUCAAUCGAUUCGGUCGGUCGCCUUCUCACCCGACGGCGCGCUACUGGCGUCCGGCUCCGAUGACAAAACUGUGCGCCUCUGGGACACAGCGACAGGCGUCAUAUCGGUCGCCUUCUCACCCGACGGCGCGCUGCUAGCGUCCGUCUCUCAUAAUAAAACCGUGCGCCUCUGGGAUAUAGCGAUAGGCACACUACAGCAGACCCUCGAGGGCCAUUCUGAUUUGAUUACGUCGAUCGCCUUCUUACCCGACAGCGCACUGCUAGCAUCCGGCUCCCAUAACAAAACCGUGCGCCUCUGGGACACGGCAAUAGGUAUACUACAGCAGACCCUAGAGGGCCAUUCUAAUUCGAUUCAGUCGGUCGCCUUCUCACCCGACGGCGCGCUACUAGCAUCCGGCUCCUAUGACAAUACUAUACGCCUCUGGGAUAUAGCGACAGGAGCGCUACGGCAGAUCCUUGAGGGUCAUUCAAACACAGUUUGGUCGGUCGCCUUCUCACCCGACGGCGCGCUGCUGGCAUCCGGCUGCUAUAACAGUACCGUGGGCCUCUGGGACACAGCGACAGGAGCGCUACGGCAGAUCCUUAAGGGUCAUUCAAACACGGUUUGGUCGGUCGCCUUCUUACCCGACGGCGCGCUGCUGGCAUCCAGCUCCGCUGACACCACUGUGCGCCUCUGGGACACAGCGACAGGCGCGCUGCAACAGACUCUUGGAGCCAAUGAGCUAAUCACUGACGUUCAAUUUGAUCACGAUGGAUCCUCUCUAAUCACUAAUCUGAGAUCCCUUGAUGUUCAAUAUCGGUCUGAACAUCAUGCGACUAUUUCAAACAAUGUGAAUCUGGGGAUCUUCAUCGAGCAACAGUGGAUCAAGCUGAACGGCAAAAACGUUCUUUGGCUUCCUCCUGGGUCUCGGCCUCGCUGUUACGCGAUCAAUGGCAAAUUACUUGCCCUAGGACACGCAUCAGGGCUCGUUUCAUUUAUAGGAUUCCAUUUCUAG